AUGAUCGCUGCUGAUACCUCCUACUUUAACGGCACCGAGCUGCCCCAGGGCGACUCGCCAGACCUGGUGCUGGUCCCCGCCACCCCAAGGGAGAGGAUUGAAUCCAUUCGACUGAACAGCAAAGCAUGGAAGGGCCGUCUGGACCUUGACACGUACAUCACACGAGAGAAUCACCUGCUGCAACAACCGCUGACCAAGGAUGGCCUGACCUGCUGGAUCUUGGUCGAUCGCAGAGAGCCGGAAGAGCACAGAACCAUCCUGAGUUCUUGCGAAACAUACAAGAAAAAAGCCAUACUGGCGUAUGCUGGCAAAGCCGAGGACGUAUCCACUCAUGGCGUUGGAAGUGUGUAUUGCCGCCCCGACUUCAGAGGCAAAGGAUACGCCAAGAGAAUGAUGCAGGAGUUGAUCAACAAGAUCGAGACCUGGAAGAUGGAAACCGAGACCAGGAAGUGUUGUCUGUUCACCAUCUUAUUUUCUGACAUCGGAAAAGAUUUCUAUGCCCAAUUCGGCUGGCAGCCGUUCACAUCGUCUCACUUUGCACUGUCGCCACUGUCCGAAGAAGAAUAUGCCUCUGCAAAUGCCAGGGCCAGCUUGCCAAAGGCACGAACAUUGAGCCCGGAGGACGUCCGCAAAAUCAUGUGUAACGAGACGGUUUUGCAAAAGGAGCGUGAGCUGUUGAGAGAGGCCUCCGAGCAGUCAUCCGUCCCGAAGAUCGCUAUUGCGCCCAACUUCGAGCACUUCGAAUGGCACUGGGCGAGGGAAGAAUUUUAUGCCGAGAGAUUCUACUCCGACCAAGAAGUACCUCGCGCGAAGGGUGCCGGGGAGGACAGCGCAGGGGUGUACUGUGCCUGGAACAGAAAUUUUGGUGAGACGCCUGAGGAAAACACCCUAUACAUCCUGCGGUGGGUGUACGAUGAGCCGACCUCGCCAGAACAGGCCGAGAAAAUCGUGAGAGCCAUGGCAGCAGUCCUGCGCCGGGCUCAACUCGAGGCACAUAGGUGGAACAUGGCAACGAUUGAGUUUUGGAACCCAACCCCGCUGCUGGAGAAGGCGGUUGCUGUGCUGCAUCCCAACGCCGAGCUUGUCCACCGGCAGAAGAGCAGCAUUGCAUGUCUGAGAUGGACAGGUUCCGAACACGGCAUGGGCGCGAACGUGGAUUGGCAUUUGAACGAGAAAUAUGCCUGGUGCUGA